CAUGCCGGUGCGUGGCCCCUCUGCGGCAGCGCGUCGUCUACUUCUGUAGGCCUGCCAGCAGAUAGAAAGAAGCAGCAUUUGUUGACAUUGAUGUGUUUUGCUUGUCUGACACUUCCUUUCUGACCACCCUUUGCAGCCCGACAGCGUGACGCAGGCGUGUUUGGAUCUGGAGAAAAUGAUACCGAGCCCGACUGCGACUCUGCCCCUGCCACUUCGCCGUCACUGCCACCGUCGCCGCGAGACUUCCAACCAACACCCUCUUCAAAUUUCCGGCCAUGUCGUCUUCCAAGGCGGCCCUGAAGGCCAUCGCAGAUGCUGUCAAGCAGCAGAAAUACGACGAUGCCCUUCAGCAGGCUCGGGACUUCACUCAGCGGGAACCUAAAAACUACCAAGCUCUCGUUCUCCUGGCUCUCGCGUUGGACAAGACCAACAGGCUGGAUGAGGCAGAGGCCACGUACGAGGCGGCCACGAGGCUGAAACCCGGCGAUGCUCAGGCCUGGCAGGGCCUCGUCAAGCUGUAUGAAAGGCAGGGCUCAAAGAAGCUAUCAUCUUUCCAGUCUGCCACUGUCCGCCUGGCCGAAAUAUUUCGGGACUCUGAGCAGACCUACAAGUGUCAGAAGACUGUCGAUGAUUUCAUCGCCUUUGCUCGUGCUCACGGGACAACUCAGCAGUACGUCGACGCACUGGGCAUCACACUCCCAGACAGCCCCGUCUAUUCGGCCGUGGAGGGUCGUACCCGCCCCGCGGAGACGUACGAGACCAUCGCCAAGCUCCUCGAGGUAGACGAGAAGAAGCAAAUCAAUACUCUGAUCGGCGAGCGAAGGACCAGGCUGGGCGCAAAAGUCAGCGAGGUCACCAUCGAGGUUAAACGGGAGGUGCUCGGCCGUAGCCGCCUGGGUCACGUCUAUCGCGAACUCAUCAACUGGUCCAAUGACGACGAAGUUCGUCGCCAGUAUGAGGAACGCCUCCUGCAACACUGCCAUGACCGCCUCCUCGCAUUCCCCCACGGUCAAGAGAAGGCCCACGAGCUGCAGGUCGUCCUCAAGCUGGCCAACGACAUGGUCAUCAUCAAGCAUCCAUACAGGCUCGCUUGGGAGAUAAGUAUCGAUUGGAAGGAUGCCAAGGAGACGAAAUCUUGGGAUGUCACCGUUCUCCGAGACUAUUGUACAUUCUUCCCGGAUAGCGACUUGUCCAGGGCCAUUACGGGCUACCUUAGCAGCGACAUCUCGCCAUUUCCAAAGCUUGAGCCGCAAGCUGAAAUUCCCGACGCUGCUGUACAUUCCGGCGACGAGAGCGAGGACGACGACGAUGGUGGAGCACCCACAGCCGUCAUCCCGCUGACGGACGAGGAUCGAUUGCUUAUGAUGUCGGAAGCCAUUCUGACAACCAAGUCUAUCUUCGCCCACCGCCUGGUUGCCGAGUACUAUGAAACACUGCAGGAGCACGAGAGCAAUGUUGAGUUGACGCGCAAAGCCCUGCGCCUGCUGAGGGACGAGCGGGACAAGACUGGCAUGCCAUUUAAUGAUACCAGCGACAUGUUCAACUUGCACCUCGCCACGGCGCUAGUGUUCUAUCAAUCCCCACGCCAUCACGAAGAGGCGAAAACAUUGUUCGAGAAUGUUUUGACGCGGGACCCCGUUUCAACACCCGCCCUGAUCGGAGUCGGCUUGAUCUACGAGGAGGAAGAGGAAUACACCGAAGCCGUUGACUUCCUGGACCGGGCCCUGCAGAGGGAUCCUGACAACCUCCGUGUCAAGUCUGAGGCAGCCUGGGUGAAAGCCCUUAAGGGCGAUUAUGCGACCAGCGCAGCUGAGCUCGAGAAAUGCAUACCUCUGAUCGCGGCUAAAGGCGAUACUGCUCAUGAACUCUUGGCGCGGACAUUACACCGGCUGGGUAGCUGCAUAUGGGCAUUGGACCCUUCGAAGGCUGCCAGAAAGAAUCGUGCGCCUGGCAGUGCUUACUCGUGUUUUUUGAGCUCCCUGAAGAGUAAUUUGAACUUUGCGCCGGCUUACACUAGCCUGGGUGUGUACUACGCCGACUACGCCAAGGACCAGAAGAGGGCCCGAAAAUGCUUCCAGAAGGCGGUUGAGCUGUCACCAUCUGAGACUGUCUCGGCGGAAAGGCUCGCACGUUCCUUUGCAGACGAGGCAGAUUGGGAUCGUGUCGAACUUGUUGCUCAGCGGAUUGUCGACUCUGGCAAAGUCAAGCCGCCUCCGGGGUCCAAACGAAAGGGGAUCAGUUGGCCUUUCGCCGCCCUCGGUGUCGCAGAAUUACACAAGCAAGAUUUCCACAAAGCAAUUGUAUCUUUUCAAUCCGCCCUACGGAUAUCUCCCGACGAUUAUCAUUCCUGGGUGGGCCUUGGAGAAAGUUACUACAGCUCUGGGCGCUAUGUCUCGGCCACCAAGGCCAUUCAGAAUGCACAAAAGCUAGAAGAAACGGCGGAUGGUACUAGUCCUACGGAUAAUUGGUUCACCAAGUUCAUGCUCGCUAACAUCAAACGCCAGCUUGGUGAGUUUGAUGAAUCUAUCAAGCUGUAUCAUGACGUUAUGCUGCGUCGGCCGAACGAAGAAGGCGUGGCCAUUGCCCUCAUGCAGACACUUACCGAUAAUGCGGCAGACUGUCUUGGAAGGGGCCUUCUUGGCAAGUCGGUUACAAUGGCAAAGCGCGCCUUAGAGUUCGCCACUAAGGCUCCGCAGGGCAUCAAAGAUACAUUCAAUUUCUGGAAGGCGGUCGCAGACGCUUGUUCAAUCUUUACCAGCAUACAGGGACAUGUCACGGAACUUCCCAUCGACAUCAUCCGGAGCCUGCUCGGGGCUGAUGAAGAUAAGCCGGGACUCGAAGCCAUGAAAGAAGUUGAUGGGGUCGGAGCCAGUGUCAUAUUCGCCAAAGGCAUUUUCGCCGAUGACGAGAAACUUGGUGUCGACUUAACCCGCGCACUCCAUGCUACAAUCCUUGCCCACAAGCGUGCCAUUGACGCUUCAGCCCACGACACGCACGCACAAAGUGUGGCGUACUACAAUCUCGGUUGGGCGGAGCAUCGCGCGCAUGUCAAUCUUCCUGAAGAGUUCAAGAGGAGGUCUAGUCGGUACUUGAAAGCCGCCAUCAAAUGCUUCAAACGGGCCAUAGAGUUGGAGGCCGGCAACCCGGAAUUCUGGAACGCACUCGGUGUGGUGACGAGCCAGGUCAAUGCGGCUGUUUCGCAGCACGCCUUUGUCCGCAGCUUGUACCUGAAUGAACGAAACGUCCAGGCAUGGACAAAUUUGGGCACUCUUGGCCUUCUACAGAACGACCUCGAGCUGGCAAACGAGGCCUUCACCAGAGCACAAUCAACGGAUCCCGACUAUGCUCACGCAUGGCUUGGCCAGGGUCUUGUCGCCUUGAUCUAUGGAGACGUAAAAGAAGCACGAAGUCUUUUUGCCCAUGCCACGGAGAUCGCCGAAGCGUCCUCGUUGAUCUCAAGGCAGCAGUUCUCCACGUCGGUGUUCGAUCAGAUCUUGACGGACGUGGCGAAUACCGACACAACAAUCCUUAUCCAGUCAAUCUUUGCACUGGGCCAGGUUCGAACGCUGCGGCCGCAGAAACUUGCCCUGGGGCAUCUGUGCGCCUUGCUGCAAGAACGAACGCAUGAGCAUCGACUGUCGGCACAAGCCCUGGAAGAGAUGUGCUCGGUGCUAGAAGCAGACUACGAGGUGACCGAGUCUGCGCAGUCUCUGAAGAGGUUUGCACUGGCGAAAGCGGACCUCGCCAGGGCUUAUCUCGCUAUUGGCUCUUAUGACCAGGCUGCUGAUUGCGGCGAGACAGCGCUGCAGCUCAGCAGCGAUGAGUCUGACAACGAGCUGACUCCAGAAGAGCGAAAGAAGGCGAGGCUCUCUGCACACUUGACGGUGGGUCUCGCCCAUUACCACCAGAAUACCGUAGAUGAGGCCGUGGUAUACUUUGAUUCUGCCUUGCAGGAAUCAGACAACAAUCCCGACGCCGUUUGUCUUCUUGCGCAGGUCUUGUGGGCAACUGGAUCCGAGUCUGCUCGGGAGAAGGCCCGCAGCUCGCUAUUCGAUGUUAUUGGCGACAGACCUGACCACGUGCAAUCAGUUGUCCUGCUGGGUGUCGUGGGAAUCCUGGAUGAUGACGAAGAAAGCGUUGACGCGGUACGCAUCGAGUUGGAGAGGCUCCGGACGAACGAACGCACUACAUCGGCAGAGCAGUUUCACAUAGGGGAGGUUCUACAAGCGGCUGCGCUCCUGGUGGAGGCCGGCACGGAGCAGGGAGUGCUGGUUCAAGCACAGACUGACGUCCUUCUGUACCCUCAUUUGGCACACGGCUGGUCAAGUCUCGGGGAUUUUGCAGGCGAUCGCGAAGACUUUCCUAGAGAAAUGGCGGUGCGUGUGGCGUCUCAGAGCAUACCACCCAAGGGAGAAGUCAGUGCAGAGGAUCUGGCAAAGACAUACGGCUCGACUGGGAGAGCUCUCAACUCGCAGAUCUCAAUCGUGCUGGCGCCGUGGAUGAAGGCGGGGUGGCAAGAUCUUGCGGGUGUUGUAGGCAAGAAGUAG